AUGAGCAUUGUGCAGUUCACGUUUUGCACCGCUCGCUACUCACCCUUGACCGCCCCUCCCUUCCCUCCCACCCCCACGCUCCACUCCCGCGGCUUCCCCCACCCGCUGGCGCCCUCUCCCCCCCCCCCCUUCCGCCCCUCCCCCCAUCUUCCGCACGCGCCUCCCCUCCCCACCUCCCUCCCGCGCGCGCGUGUCCGCUCGUGGGGCGGCAGGUUCCGGCAGCGGCACCGGCAGUGCGACCUGCGCGCGAUCAAGAACUGGUCGCGGCAGGUGCUGCGCGGGCUGUUCUACCUGCACUCGCACGACCCGCCCAUCAUCCACCGCGACCUCAAGUGCGACAACAUCUUCAUCAACGGUAACCAGGGCGAGGUCAAGAUCGGCGACCUCGGGCUCGCCGCCAUCCUGCACCACCGCGACGCCGCGCAUAGUGUUAUUGGCACGCCGGAGUUCAUGGCGCCGGAGCUGUACGAGGAGGAGUACAACGAGUUGGUGGACAUAUACGCGUUCGGCAUGUGCGUGCUCGAGAUGAUCACGCUCGAGUACCCCUACAGCGAGUGCACCAACGCCGCGCAGGUCUACAAGAAGGUCUCCGAGGGCAAAAAGCCGCUGGCGCUGCAGCGCAUUCCGGACGAGGGCAUACGCGAGUUUGUAGAGAUGUGUCUGGCGGACGCCUCCCGCCGCCUGCCCGCGCGCGACCUGCUGCGCCACCCCUUCCUCGCGGAAGGCUCUGGGUCGCUGCAGCAGCCCCCUUUCGCGAGCGCCGCCGACCGCGCCUCCCGCCCCCCCCCCGCAGAGGGCGGAGGGGGAAGAAAGAGCGGGAGGAGCGGGGGGAGCAGAGGCGGAAGAUGGGGGGAGAGUGGGGGGAACGCGGGGGGAGGUGGAGGGGGCAGGGGGAUGGGGAUGGGGUGGUUGGGGGGGGAUGAGCUGGUCAGUUUCAGGGGGGGUGAGGGCGGGCGCGGGGGGAGGGGCGGGGGACGGGGAGGGGGAGGGGAAAGGGCUGGGGGCGGGGGAAAAGGGGAAGAGACAUGGGUGUGGGACACGAAUCUAGAGGUGCCUAAGGCGGUUGGGGCGUGGGUGAAGCAGGGCGGGGAGGAGGAAGAGGCGGAGGAGGAGGUGGUCAGCAAACGCGCAGGAUGGUCGGAGAUUGUGGGGUUGAUGGCGGAGACGUUGCAGCAGCAGGAGUGGGGGGCGGGUUCCAGCGAGGGAGGGGAAGCGGAGAAGGGGGUUGGUGAGAGGAGAGAUGGGGGUAGUGGGGGGGAGGAGGACAAUGAAGGCGUUGAGAGGGAGGGGGGAGAGGAGGGGGAGGAGGGGGAAGGGGAUGGGAGGGGGAGUGGUAGCGGGGAGCAUGAGAGAGAAAGCGGGACAGAUAGUGAGUGUGGUGGAGGGGAGGGGCGUGGAGAGGAGGAGGGGUUGGCGAGUGUGGAGUCGGAUGUUGAUUUGGAAAGGGGGGAGUGCAGCAAGCAGCAGGAGGGCCGCACGGUGUGCAUUCGCUUGCGACGCGCAGAUGGCAAAGGGCGCAUGCACGUGAUUCAGUUUCCCUUUGACACUUCGCGAGACUCAGCGUUCAGUGUGGCAUGCGAGAUGGUGGACGCGCUAGGCCUGCCCGACUCCGCCCUCGCAUCCGUCGCCGAUGAAAUUGACGCCCAGCUCCUUGCCCUCGUGCCGCCCGCCCAUGCUGCUGCUGCUGCUGCUGCUGCAGCUGCUACUGCGACCGCCGCUGACUUGGUUCUGGCUUCUAGUGGUGGCGGUGGUGUUGGUGUGGGGGGGGUUGCUGAUGGGGAUGCUGAUGGUGGGAUGGAGUCUGGGGUUGCAGAGGAGGGGUUGGAGGGGAGUGAGACGGAGGAGGAGGAAUGGGCGGGGAUAAGCGGAAGGGCAGGGCGGGAGGGGGCGCAGGGGUCUCCGCCAGUGUCUUUUGGGAGGGGAGCAGAGGGGGGUGCAGUGGGGGAGGGGGGGGGGAGCGGGGGAGCGGCGCAUGGGGGUUUGAGAAGAGAGGAGCUUUAUUGGAUGGAGGAAGAGGAUGAGGAGAGGGAGGAGAGUGCGUUGGAAAGUGAAAAGGGCGGAGAGGAGGGUGAGAAGACGGCUGGUGUGAGCAGUGGUGGGGAGGAGGUGAGGGAAGAAGCAGUGGAGGGAGGAGGUGAGGGAGGGAGAGAGGGAGGAGGAGAAGAGGGAGAGGGAGAGAGGAAGGGAGAGGCAGGGGGAGAAGAAGGGGGUGAGAUAGAGGGCGAGGUAGGGGAAGAAGUUGGGGCGUCUGAAAUAGGCAAGGCAGAGGAUAAUCGUAGCAGUGUGGAGCAGGUGGAGCAAGAGACAGAGCAGCAUGCUGACGCUGCGGAGGAGGAGGAGGAAGAAGCCUGGGAGGGGGAAACGGAGGAGAUGGAGGAGGAGGUGGAGGUGGGGGGGCAGGCGGAGGAGCAGGUGGGAGGAGAGGAGGCGCGGGAGGAGGUGCAGGAAGGGGUGGAGAUCGGCGAGGGGUCAGGGUUGCUGGCUGUAACGCUCAGUGAUCUGGUUGUCCCAACCAGCGAAUCAGCCAGUGGGAGGCGACGUCCCGUACAAGUAGGGUGGGAUGGAAGCCCUGAGGGCCUGGUGGCACUCGGAGGAGGGGGAGGAGGAGUGCGAGGGGGGCGAGGAGGAGGAGGAGGAGGAGGGGGAGGGGUGGGAGCAGGAGGUUUGACUUCGCCGUCCCACGGGCCGACGAUCAUGGCUCGUCUGGCGUCUAAGAUGUUCCCUCUGAGCCUCGCUAAGCUUGCCUCGUCCAAGCGCCACCUCCCUCCCAGCAGCAGCAAGCCGAUCCGAGGGAACAGCAUCACCUUUGGCGUGGGCACGCACGUGGGGCAGCGGCUGGGAGCGGUGCCGAGGGGUGUGUCGCGGUUGUUAGGGAUGGAUGGAGCAGUGGAUAUGGAUGAGCUACAGGUGCAUGGGCGGUUUGUGUCGUUCCGAUCGCCCACGGGAGAUAGCUCUAGGAGCUCCAUUGCGUCGGCUUCCUCGCAGUCUGCCCCUCCGUCUGCUCCUGCUGGUGCUGCUGCUGCGGACUGGGGUGUGGAGGAGGGGGGAGGUGUUCUGGACAGUGGUGGUGGUGGUGGGGGGGGAGGGGAGAGUGCACGUGGCAGUGAUGCACUGUCUGUUAUUGAGAGUGAGGAGGACGUGGUGCUGUCGGGAGCAGCGGCAGAGCAUGCGGUAAGGAAGGGAGAAGAUGGGCUAGGCGAGUGGGGUGAGGGAGUUGGGCCGGACGGGAGAGAGUUUGGGUGGGGUGGGGGGAGGUCCAGGUUCGGCGAAUCUCCACGUGGUAGUCUGGGGAGUGGGAGAGGGGAGGAGGGAGAGGGUGGUGAGGCAGGGAGGAAGGCGAUGAUGGGUGGGGUGGGGUGGGAGGGAGUGGAGAAGGCGGAGAAGGGUUGUGAGAGGGGUGCUGGGAGCAGGGGGGAGAGGGGGAGGAGAUGGGUGGUUCUGACAGAGCAAGAGGCGGGUCUGGUUGCAGAAAUGGAGGGGGAGAUUGCAGCAGUUAGGGAGAGGUAUGAGCCGCGGAUAGCACAGGUGCGUGCAGAGAUCCAUGGUCUGUUUGUGCAAGGGAGCGAGGAUGGGGACUGGGGAGGAGGGGAAGAGGCGGGGAAGGGAUCGAUUAAGGAGAGGGGGGGUGAAGUAAGGGGAGAUGGGGUUGGGUUUGUGGGUGGAGACAGGGGGAAGGUGGAGGAUGGUGAUGGUGUUGUCAAGCGGUUGGUGAGGGUUGCGGAUGUGCAAGGCAGAGAAGGUGGUGAUGUAGGUGUGGAGGAUGGAGACGGUGCGACAGGCAAGGAUGGGGCAUGCCACAGUGGUAGUAGUACUGUGGUGCCCCACUCACCUGGAACUGGCUUGCAAAACCUCCCCACAGCUUCCCUUGCUGACGCCUCUGUGAAGGCUUCUACUGCCGCGGCCUCCCUCGCGCCUGGUACAACUCUCCCUGCUGCCGCUCCUGCAGUGGCUCCGCCUGCACCUGUGCUUGCUACACCUGCUGCUGCUGCUGCUGCUGCUGCUGCUGCUGCUGCUGCCACAGCUGCAGCCGUUCCAUUAUCUGCCACGUCAUGUGUGCCUCCCUUGCCUGCAUCAUUACGCUCGCCUUCUCAUCCUGUCUGCCCUCCUGUCACCAUUGGGACUAGUGCUGUUGCUGCUCCUCCCCUUUCCCGGCCCGGCGAGAGGUUCGGAGUUCUGGAGGAAGAGGAUCUUGGGCCUCUGACUCGGACCGGCUCUCCUCCUCGCAACUCCAGAAGCAACAGCAUUCCCGGCACGGACCGCAGUGCGUAUGGAGGGCUGAAUGGUGAAAUUAGUAACGAGGCUCACAGCAGCAGCAGCAGCAGCAGCAGCAACAGCAGGGCAGGCCGGGAGAUGGUGGAGCGGUCUAUUGCCCUUAUGGAGGCCAGCAUUCUGGAAAGGCUGCCCUGCAGCGGUAAGCUCGCUGUGGGUCCUGCUGCUCUCUCUUCUCCUAAUAGCUGUCAGCGGCCUGCUGCUGUGAAGGUUGGCAGCGCUGGUGGUGCUGGAGUUGUUGCUAAGGAGGGAGGCGUGGGUGCAGGUGUGGGUGUGGUAGGGUUGGGCAAAGGUGGUCCUGGUCUGGCCACCAUACGACAAUCAGCAAGAGCACAGUCGCCCAGCUAUGCCUGCUCGUGA